UCUGUGAUUCAAAUAUUAUGCAGCAAGUUUGCAUAAAGGUAUAUUUUCAACAUUUGAAAAUAGAUGUUAAAUGUAUGAGAUGACAAUUUAGUGAAGUCCAUAUUUGGUUUAUUCUUUAUAGUAAUUUCUAUUUGGUUUAUUCUUUAUAGUAAUUUCUAUUUUGCAAAACAACAAAUGCAAAGCUGCCAUGAGUUUAUCUCAGAAUAUCUCGAUUGUUCAUCCUGAAUACUUUUUCAUCACUGGGCUUACAGGUACACCGUACGACACGUAUUACUAUAUAUUCUUAUUUAUCAUAUAUUUUAUUACUAUAAUUGGGAACUCGAUAGUCCUUCUCAUUAUAGCUUUUGAACGGAGCCUGCAUUGUCCAAUGUACAUCGGUGUGUUUAACUUAGCCUUGGCUGAUAUUGGUGAAACUAAUGCACUGAUUCCUUGCAUGAUGAAGAUCUUUUUUUUUGACUCACAGUACAUUUCAUACAAUGCUUGUUUGGCAAACAUGUUUUUUGUGAAUUUCUUUAUUACUGUGCAGACUUACACUCUUGUUGUUCUGGCAUUUGAUCGUUUCAUUGCAAUUUGUUUUCCACUAAGAUAUCAUGCCAUAGUGAAUAAUAAGUUAAUGUCUAUAGUGUUUUCAGUGAUAUGGGCAUUUAACACCUGUAUUGUAACACUGUCAACAUCUUUGAUGACCAGACUUUCAUUCUGUAAUUCCAACGUAGUAGAGAGUUGGUAUUGUGACUAUGGAACAAUGGUGAGGCUGCCAUGCAAUGACAAUAGAAUUAAUAGAUUAUUAGCAAUUCUCAUUCAAGCUUUAUUCAUUAUAGCACCACCUUUCAUUAUUAUCCUGUCAUAUUUGGGCAUUUUUCUUGCUUUAUGUAAAAUAACAACUUGGGAAGGACGUUUAAAAGCACUGAAGACCUGUGUUUCUCACCUUUUGGUAGUUGGAUCAUUCUUUCUUCCCAUAAUAUGCAUUUUGAUUGCUGCACCUACAACUAAUGCCAGGAUCAUCAGCGGAUCUCUUUCAUUUGCUCUUCCACCAAUGCUCAAUCCCAUUAUUUAUGUUUUAAACACAGCUAAAAUCAAAGAAUUAAUCCGAAAAAUGCUUAGCAACAGAUCUGCACCAAUUAGAGGGAAUGUUUCAAAAUGACUGCAAUUAUUUUCUCUUUGUUCAUCAAUCAUUGUGAAUUAAAUUGGAAUGUGGAAAACAAAUUCAGUCUGCAAGACUCUUAGCAUGUAUAUUGGAAACAUUAGGCAUCUGUGUUGGUUAACAGCAGUGAAAUGUUGUUUAUUUUAUGAUUUAAUCCAUCUGAUUUCAAAUGUGUGUGCUGUGUUUGUUCUUAGUUACUGACCCCAAGAAAAAACUAAUUGAAAAGGCAAAUAUUUUAGCGAGAAUUAGAAUUGUUUUAUUGCUAAUGUAUUAUUUUUGUCAGGAAUAACAGGGAUCCCAAAGAGGAUGUUUGAUAAAGAUGAUGUUUUAACAACAGUAAUGAAUAAAAUGAACAACUGCAAAAACACGACAGAGAUAAAAGGUAGUAAAAACAGAAGAGGCAGGUGUGUACCGCAGUUUCAAUAUUCUGUAUAUACUGUAAGAUAAUAGAGAUUAGACAAUGCCGGGCCAUCUGGUUGAGGAAUGACUAUUCACAGAGAAGACAAAGGAGGUUUCUGGAAAUUAACUUUGGAACUCUCUCUUGUGAAACUAGCACCCCCAUCUAAGACACAAUCACACUGAGUCAAUCACCUCAAUAUUGUAUUAAUUUAGAUUUCUUUCUUAGAUAUCGUCCCUUCUCUCUCUCAUGAUCACCUGAAAUUAACCCAAAAUAUAUGGUUUAAUGUGAAUAAUUAUCAUACAGCACUAUACAUGUUUGGUACAAUUUGAAUUGUCUCACUGUGACUGGUACAAUGGUUGUCUCCACAGAAAUAAAAACAACAAAAACAACAACAACAACAAAAAACAUGAAAUAACGUUCUUUUCUUUUUUUCUUUCUUUUUUUAAGAGUUUAGAGAUAUCUUGCUAUAGAGGAGGCUGGGUCUUUCAUGAAAAUGUCCUCAAAAGGUGUAAACUCUGGAGACUGUGAUUAAUGCAAAUUCCCAUUGUUAACACGUUUAGGUUUCUGUCUUGGCUUGAGUACAUAAAGAAAUGUUUUAAGAGGCUCAGCACGAUUUGGUAGCCAGAUCAACCACUCAGACUAUUCUGAAUGUCCUCAGACGCUUAGCAUUAUGUAUUUUUUUCUAAUGCCUAGUAUGCAUCUUUUACUCUGUAUCUCUGAGCAUUUAAUGUUUUUGUAUUGAUUAUCUUUGAAUUGAUUAUAAAAUUGGCAAGAUACAUUUACCUGACAUAAUAAAUUGUUACAUUUGAUUUUAUUCUGAUUUACUUUGAAAUUAUUUUCCCAAAUAUAUUAAGGCAGUAACAGACAAGUGUCCAGUUUUAAGUUGAGCAUAGGGCACAACAAGUAAUAUUUGGCACUAAUUCAAGUGUACUUGGACAAAAAAUGUCGCGGAAAACAUAG